AGAGUGAGGGAAGAGUUUCACCGGAUCCUCGCUCUGUGCUGGGAGGAAGAAAGGAGAGCUAGGUCUGGGUCCUUAGCUAGAAUCAAGCUACUUGAGACGACCACAAUCGCUAUCCUCGACGAGGUCACGAUAGAUCUUCUCACGGGGUGAGGGGAUGAGAGCCUCGUUCGUCUCCAAUAUGAUUCGUUGGGAAUUAGAGACCUGCGAGGACGUUAGCGAGGUUAGGGUCGAGGGGAGUGCGGAGCUUAACCCAGAAUUGGGAGAGGACCGAAUGGCCCGCGCCGAGAAGGAGUUUCUAGUAGAGGUCCGACGCCUGGCCUUGUGGAAAAGAAGGAGUUGGACCACACUAGCCAACUUUUCAAUCCACAUUAGAGACGUAAGUGGAAUAAGAUCCUCAAGGGCUUGGAGGGAACCUUUGCUAGAGGUAGAGAGAAGAUUCAAAGAAGAUUCUAGAUAUCUAGGAACACCGCUGACGUCUAGGACGCACCUUGUGGAGACCCGAUUUUGGGAUAGGUCGGCAGAGUACAAAGAGGUUUUGCGCCGAACACCGGAAGAGGACGAAGAGACUGGACACACCAGCGAGGAGAAGAAACUGAGGGAUUCUUGGUGGACGGUGACCAGCGAGGAGUCGGAGGGAGAGGGUGCUGACGAGGAUUCUAGUGUGGAGAAUGGGGGAUCGGAGGAAGAAGAGAACUCGGAAGAUACCGCAGACAGUAGUGAAGGGGACGAGCCGGAAGCCGGCAGAGUUAAGAAGCACAAAACCGUGGCGGAGAAAGUAAAGCCCGCCGCGGUCAGCCGGGAUAGAACGAGGGAAGCUACGAUAUCGGAGGAGGAGAUCGCUGAUAUCAUCAGGAAAAGGAAAGAGACCGAAGGGCAAAGGAUAACGGCCGAUAGGUUGGCCAAGAUGGAUAUAGGGGAUGGGAAUCUCACGGAGAAAGAGAAAGAGUUCAUAGCCAUGACCUUAAGGGACUGCGAUAAGGUCAUUGCCUUUGAUGACUCGGAGAGAGGGAGAAUCGACCCAAGGUAUGCUAAGCCGGCCCGGAUCCACACGGUCCCGCACGUGCCUUGGAAGGAUAGCCCUCAGUGGAAGUACGCUCAAAAGGAGAAAGAGGAGAUAGUAGCCUUCAUCAAGGAAAAGAUCAGGACGUUCGUCGCGGAACCUUGUGAGAGUGCCUACUCCAAUAAGUGGUUCUUUCUGAGGAAGGGGGGUAGCAACAAACUGAGAUGGAUUCAAAACCUCCAAAGGACCAAUGCGGUCACCAUAAGAGACGUGGGGUCCAUACCUGAAGCCGACUUGCUAGCUGAAGGACCGGCAGAUCACUCAAUAUAUUCUAUCUGCAACCUCUUCUCGGCGUAUGAUGAGAUUCCUUUAGAUUACCGAGACAAGCACAUGACCGCCAUGCAUACGCCUUUAGGGCUGGUUCAAAUGAUGGUGGUACCAAUGGGUUGGACGAAUGGGGUAGCGGUGUUCCAAAGGGCCAUGAUCACGGUCCUCAAGGAGUUCAUACCGGAGAAGGUGGAGGUCUUCCUAGAUGACUUCCCGAUAAAAGGGUCGGUCGAACGGGAUGAGACGGAGGUCUUCCCGGGGGUGACAAAAUUCGUGGCCGACCACAUGAGUGAUGUCAGAAACGUCCUUGAGAAGUUAGAUGAUGCCAACCUCACGUUCGAUUCGUCAGAGACGGCAGCUGGCCAUCGAUCGAAUGGGAGAAUUGCCGGCGCAGAACGAACAACUAAGAGUCAGGAGGUGAAGGGAGAAGAAAAGAGAAGGGGAGAAGAAGUUGAAGCGGAACAAGCCAAGGUGGGGCAAAUAGACGCAAGGAUGCUGUGGAGCAGCCUCGAAAGUGUCUUGUCCGCGAUUCGGGCAUUUGUUCCACAAUUAUCCCCAGGGAAACACAAAGGCCAGGCAGGUGAGAUAGCUGUUGUGGGAGGUUGCAGGGAAUACACCGAGACUCCAUAUUUUGCAGCAAAAGCACGUGUCUUUUGUGCCAAAGAUGCGGGCCCGGUGAUUAAGAGCUACAGUCCAGAGCUGAUUGUGCACCCUGUACUGAAGGAAUCGUACGAUGCCAACUAAAAAGCUGGAUUGCCGGUGGACUUUGGGAUGGUCCGCAAGAGAUCCGGAGAGAAGGAACCCGUGAGGGGCCGGGUUUGACUACGAGAAGA